CUUUUUUUUUUUUUUUUAACUCAACUAGGGUGAGACAGUCUAUCGAAAUGGAUACGUCGGUUAUUCUGCCUGUGGAAGCAGAAGAGUUUAUUCAGAAUCUGGAAACUUUUACCCUCCGGGAUGUGGGCUCUACGAGAUGGUUCAGACAACAUGAGCAUAUUCAGAAACUGAACAUGCAGGCAAUACUGAAUGCUUCGGYGAUGCACGAUGAGUUUGUCAAAGAGCUCCUGGUAUCACUUGGAAAGAUACCUGUUCUGGUCCAUGAGAUGAUCCUUGUGGAGGUGUGGAAGCAGAAAGUGUUUCCCAUUUUGUGUCAGGUGCAGGACUUCAAUCCUAAGGACACAUUUCAGCUUCACAUUGUGAUCUAUCAUGAGGGCACUGUCAUAAACCUGCUUGAAACAAUACUGUUCCAUAAGGAUUCAUGUGAUGCAGCCAAUGACUCUCUUCUUGACUUGGUGGAUUACUGCCACCGUAAACUCACCCUGCUGGCCAGUGAAGCAACCAAGCCGGAAGCUGAUACUCAAAACCAGCACAACCACACGUGCCUCAUAGAGGAGUUACAGAUGCAGAAUGCUGCGCUGGAGUUUGAAAUCUCCCUGAAAGCUGUGUCUGUGCUGCGCUACAUCACAGAUCACACUGACAGUAUCAGUGUGAUUAAUCGAAUCCUGUGCACACACAACAUGCCGUGUGUUCUGGUUCAGCUGAUUGACUCCUGCCCUUGGAGUCGCUGCCAGAAAGGUGAAAUGCAAAAGCACAUUAAUGGCAAAUGGCAGACGAUUCCAGCUGAGGACCGUUUAAAGAUGACUAAACUAGAUGGGCAGGUCUGGCUAACUCUUUACAAUUUGCUGCUAAAGGAGGAUUGCCAAAGAAAGUACGACUUCAACAGUUUCAACAAGAACCAGCUUCUGAAGCUCAGGGCGUUCUUGACAGACGUGCUGAUCGAUCAAUUGCCAAACCUGAUUGAGCUUCAGCGUUUCCUGGCUCACCUCGCUGUUACAGACCCAGCCCCUCCGAAAAAAGAGCUCAUUUUAGAACAGAUCCCUGAACUGUGGAACUACAUUGUCAAAGAGAAUUCUGGGAAGUGGAAGGCAAUAGCCAAGUAUCAAAUCAAAGAAGUGUUCAGCCCGUCUGACAGUGACUUGAGACAACUGGCCCAAAGGCUGGCUCAGACAUACAACUCGGAUGUGUUGGCAAGUUUACUCCCUGAGAAACCAAAGUGUGUGUCCUGUGGGAAAGAGGCUUCGAAACGAUGCUCUCGAUGCCGAGGAGAGUGGUACUGUCACAGAGAAUGUCAAGUAAAACACUGGCCAAAACACAAGAAAACCUGCCAGCUCUUUACUGAGGCCAGAGAGCAUCCAGAAGGAUCUUCAAAUUAAAACCUGAGGGAGUCAGUGCAUGGACUGAGAUGUGAUGAGAAAAUAAAUAAAUUUAAAAAAAAUCCAAAGACUGAAAGUGAAAUGAGGAAGCUGUUUCAGUGUGAUAUAAAUAUAUUUCAUGAAGUCAUUUGUGUUUUUAUUUAUCUUUUGUACACUAUUACAAGCCUCUGUAGUGUUAAACAAACUGUAUUAAAGUUUUAAACAUUU